AUGAAACAGCACUCAGAAAGAUGGGUAUUUAUACGUGGUGUAUUGGGUUUGACUUCUUCCUUAUGCCCUCCAGCUUGUCCAUCCUGGGUGGAAGCCACAGAUACUCUGACAUCUGUUGCUGCAAGAUUCGAUACAACUCCUUCAGAAUUGGUUAAACUAAAUCGCCUCGCUGCACGGACAGUUUUUCCUGGUCAAGUUAUCAGAGUACCAGACAAGGAAGGCAAAAAAGAGAAGGAAGGAGAUGAAGAUGGAGCUUCUCACACAACUUCUACAGAAAGAAGUGACAAUACUGAUGAAGAAGAUGGACAGGGAGUUGUCAGUGGCGUACUCCUGGUCACUCCAAAUGCCCUCAUGUUUGAUCCUAAUGUAUCUGAUCCUCUGGUCAUCGAAAGAGGUCCCGAAGCUUAUGGAGUCAUUGCACCAAUGGACUACGUCGUCAAUGCUGCGAUUUAUCAUGAUAUAGCUCACAUGAGAGUUGGAAAUGCUGAAAAUAGAUGCAAUAUUCCUAAACCUGAAGUUUAUCACACCAAGAGCGAGGAAUCAGAAGGUGAAGGGGAUGCUAGCUGCCUCCUCUCGACCAAUCAGGCCGAUUCUAUGGAAAGCAGGGACCCUUCUGCUAAAGAUACACUCCCUGACCUUAGGUCUUCAACAGAAGAAGAUGAUCUUUGGAUGUGUGGUUCGCAGAGAGAAGGUGAUGCUUUCCCCAAGGCAUUUGAAAGGGAUCUAGUCACUCCCACUAAUAGUAAUAUUGAUAAAUUAAGCGAUACUCAGGAUACUACAUUAGAAGAAAAAACCCCUGAAGAAGAAGACGAUAACAAUCUUGUAGAUGCUGAAGCAAUGGUCCGUGCGAUCGAAGAGAGGAGAAAAUCGUACCUGGAUCACCAUUGGGCCGUUCCCAAGCAGUCAGUUGAUGUUGAAAAAGAAGAUAAAGAGGAAAAAGAUAAUUUAUUACAAGAUCAAGUCCUGGUUGAAUUGGAUGAUGGACGUCGAGGCAGCGGCGGUAACUUAGUGAAGCUAUCCUGCCAUGAUUCAGGGAUUGAUAUCCGGGAUCCCCCACCUCCUCCACCGCCUAUGACAAGGAAAACUGUCUAUUCGGAUGCUGAUAUCCUUCUUGGAGACGGGGAUUUCGUACCUCCAAUACCUGUUCAGCCGUUGGUAUCAACAUCAUCAGCCCCUGGUACUCUCGAGGAUGACAAGAAAAAGCAAGGCGUCUCCUUCUCGUUGGAAGAUACUGAUAAGAUGAAAGCAUUGGAUGAUAAAUUUCCUGAAACAAAAAAGAAUAAGAUGUUGAAGAGGUUAUCAUAUCCUUUGUCUUGGGUCGAGGGUAUCACUGGCAGUGAUGAGAAAGAAGGCUCGCUCCCUUCAUCGGCUGAUUCCCAUCCUUCUCAUUCCUCCUCGGUCUUUUCAAAAGUUUUCUCAAGCUCCCCUAUUAACAUGGUAACAGAUUUCGGAUCUGGCCUCUUUACUAAGACACCGAGUGAAGACGGUGGAAAAUUUCCCUUCCCUCCUGAUUCUCAACCUUCCUCUGCCCCAUCCUCCGCUCCCUCUUCGGCUCCGUCGUCUGGCCCAACUUUCUCACCCUCAAAUAUCAUCAGUACCGUAGGGCGCUCAUCCGUUGGAACAUUCAUUCGUCAACAACACACAGUUCACAACAAAGCUGGACCAAAACUGGAUUAUAGGAGUAUGGUUUCUGUUGAAGAUAUGCCAGAACUCUUUGUUUCUUUCGAUAAGCUUAUACCGAGGCCUGCAAGGUCAUGCGAAGACCCUCCACUAUAUUUGAGGUUACGAAUGGGGAAACCCAAAGACAAAAAAAUUCCGAAAUCGACACCGAUCAUGUCUUACGGCAAGAAGAAAAUGAGACCUGAAUACUGGUUCAGUGUCCCUAGGGGGAGAGUGGAUGACCUCUACAGGUUUUUGAUGGCCUGGGUAGGACACUUGUACGGCGAUUUAGACGAAGAAGCCGUAGCCGCUAGAGGUUACGAAUUAGUCGACUCCGACACCGAACUUUGGGAAACUGAUGAUGGAAGCGGCCGUGAGCGUCGUUCCUCUGAUCCAGAUAUUGGGGAUCUCACUCGUGAGUCUUGGGAGGUCCUGAAAGCUCCGUACGCCAAGCUGUAUACUAUGAUCAAGACGCAGGCUACUUUUGCCUCAUCCGAUUCGCAGGCUGAUAACGAGGUGCCCUUAAAUGCUGCCUCUCUGUAUUUCUGUCUCUUUCACACUCUCUUCUUCAAUAAUUUUGAUUUUUUCCAAUUUUGUGAGAGUUCCUAUAUCAGAGUUUCUCUCUAA